CUAUCAUCCUGGGAAACGAUAUAAGAUAUAUAUAACUCAGUUUAAAUCAAAUUUUUGUAGAAGACAGAGCAAAGUUUGUUAUGAAAUCCUAUAAAUUGUAGUUUUUUGAACACCUCAAAAUUUCUAAGCGUUUAUUUCUGAUUCUGUCGAUAUGGAUUCGAAUUGCGAGUUAUCGAUGGUCAAUGGUCAGACGGAGCUCAAAGACCCAAGAUGGGCGUCGACGUCAACCCAGAUAACUCCUCGGGCACCGCAAACCUUUUCCGGAGUUAGCUCGGCGGUUAGCAUUGAAACCUCCGUGCAGCCAGUGGCCGCGUCCACCACCUACUGCCUCCGAUUGACGCAGCAGAGGCAGAUGACCGAACGGCGCGUCCGCUUUCAUGCCGGCGUUAUCGAUAACGAGCACAUGAACCGGCGCAAGUCGAAAUGCUGCUGCAUCUAUCGAAAGCCACAUGCUUUCGGCGAGAGCUCGUCCUCCACGGACGACGAGUGCGAACACUGCUUUGGCCAUCCCGAGGUGAGAACUCGCAAUCGCUUGGAAAAACAGCGGAGGCAGGAGCAGCAAAACGGGUGCAGUUGCUGUCAUCAUCACCAUCGUCUUCGCAGUAAUCGGAAUAAUCGACCGCCUAUCGAAGAGAUAGCGCAGCAUAAGGAUGAUUCUGCCAAAGAGGAACAAAAAUCGGUAGUCAACUUUUAAACAAGAAAAAUGUAAAACCAUCUAAACCAAAAAAAAAUAAUUCCAAUAUCCGCCUCGAAGCAAUAUCCGCCUUUUGUACAGAUUGAUUAAAAUUGCAUUUUCGUAAGUUAAAGUA